CCAGAGAGAGGGUGAAGAGAAAGCAAGCUAAAAAUCGAACUGACAAGGCUAUGCAUGGGUCACAAAGCCCAGAAGUUGUCUGCUUUUGUCACAAAGUUGCAAAAUGUUUGGCUCAACUAGUACAAAAACUGGCCAUGCAUCUACACCUGGUCACGACAAGGAAAUCCGAAACCCCUGCUCAAAUCCAACUCCUAGAACAAUACAGUUCUUUGUUACCGAUGCAUCCACUUGCAACAAGUAUACUACAAGAAAAAUUUCCGCGAUGAGUGACUCCUCUAUGUUGACCUCUAUGUACAAAUCCGGUUCAACAUCAUCCUCUUCGUCCUCAAGUAGCAGAGCGGGUGGAAAGAUGUUGAAGAGACUAGCAGCUGCUUUCCUGUGUGCAACACCAUUGCAGGUUGCCGGCUUAGAAGCACACUCACAACAGCAUCAGAAAGCGACAAUUGAAGCUGGUACUCUUGUUCAACGUGGUCUUUGGAGUUCUUAAGAAUUAUAUAGAUACAUAGUUCUAGUUGUUCCUCUUUGGUCAAAAAUCAUGUCUUCAGCAAAUAAGAAAAUGAAAAUCUAAUUUUUAUUGAACAACUUUCAUGUUCAACCUCAUCAGUUGUGUCCAUGAUGAUCAUCACCUUGACAAUUGAUUAUGAUUUUGAUAUUCUACCAUCUUCCUCUCUAUCAGAUGGAUCGACGAAGCAUCACCGUGAAGUUGCAAGCGAAGGACGAGGGUCUAUGAUGAGGCACGAGCGCUUGCCUGCGUCGUCGGAAGGUUUAAUCUUUGUCUUGUUUUUGUAGUAGUUCACACAAUUUUUGCUUAACAGGGUAAUCAUGUAGAAGAAGAAGAAGUUUCGUCUUGUCAAUGAUCUUGCACAAUAACCAAAGACGCAAUGAUCAUGAAUCGAUGAUCGCAUCACAAUCAGGUCUCGUCCAGAAACGCGCUGUCCACAAGCAUGGUAAAAGACCGUAUACUGAUUCGCUUGUAGCUGUAAAUUAUGGUCGUGCUGGCGCUCUAGUUCUCUUCAAUACUAUGAUCAUCUUCUCGCCGAGUCAUGCAGCUAUCGGCUUCGGCAACCUAGGUUAAUCCUAACAAUUUCCGGUAGUACAUCAAAUCAGUGGUAUAUUUUUAAUAAAUUUAUAUUAUUCGCAACUUCGUUGUUCUUGUACAUAUUUAUUGUACAAAUUAUAUUGACCCUGGUCUAUCUCUAAUCCUGAAGAGACGACUCAGACGCUGAUCCGCCCUCGACCACUGCUGAGCCCUCGACCACUGCUGAGCCCUCGACCACUGCUGAGCCCUCGACCACUGCUGAGCCCUCGACCACAGACGCACCAGCAGAUAAUACCACGACCGACGCACCAGCAGAUGAAGAUACCACCACUCCCGCACCAUCUAAUAGCAGUGAUGAUCUACCCAAGAUUGCAGAAGAGAUUGAAGAAGGUACUUAAAGACAUGAAGAUAUUCUGGUGGUGCGUCAUCUUCUAGUCCAUAUCCUAUUCUUAGAAGACUUGUACAUAUCAUGACUAUACUAGACCACUACAUAUCAUGAUUCUGGUGAUUUCGCCGCGUCCUUCAGUUUCCAACGGCAACGGAACAGUGGUUGUGAUUAUCAUUGUGGCCGCCAUUUUGCUGGUAGGCGUAGGUGCAGGCAUUGCGGUGAUGAAAACCACUGAGCCAGCAGAUGGCGACGACGGUGAAGGCGAAGGAGGUGAAGGUUAUGACCCGUCUCGAUGUGACAAUGGUACCUGAAGAAAUUGGAUUCAUUAUAAUAUAAUAAGAUGAACCUAGGACUUUCUAAGACCAAUAUUUCAAUGGAGUGAGAAUGUAGUGAGGACUUCCGUCAAGUCUCUGAGGCGGCGAGCGUCAACUUCGUGGUGUUGUUGCAGUACCUUCUAAGUCAUCAUAAUAAAAAUAAUCAGAUGUCACCUCAUCUUAAUGUGCUAGCACAAGACAUUUAAUCUACUCGAACCGCGUGUGUGGUGGACCCUUAACCUUAGCCUUUAUAACUUUAACAUAAUCCUGCUAAACCACCCUAGACGACCCUAACCUCACGCUCACCAUAGCUAGGACUAGUAGUGGUACAAGACUAGAUUCAUAGUUCUUUGGUUACCAGGUUAGUCUGGGGUCCACCUAUAGCACCACAGAUGGACGUAUGUGACUACAAGUUACAUUCUUCACACUCAUCACAUGUUGCAUACUUCUCCAUGGACAGGACUUUCUUGCUCUAACACAAAGCGGAGUACGGUGAGGGCGAGGCUGAGGGAGGAGAAUAUGCCGAAGGUGAGGAGGCGUAUGGUGAGGGUGAAGGAUAUUAGAAUCUAGAACUAGAUCUAGAAGUAGGAGGAAAAAUAGAAGGAAUAAGUACUUAGAAGGACUAUAAUUCAUAUUAAGUAGAACGAAAAGCAUUUUUUGGUGGAAGGGUCGGUGCUGGUAAUAUUGUUGUAGGAGAAGACUUUCUUGUUGAUACAGAUGACUGUGACAGAAAACUCGAAGCAGGAGAAGGAGGAGCAUAGGAAUGAACUUCACCGACCAUUUCGUCUAGGAGAAGUGUUCUUGAAAUAGUUACAUGUUACAGAAUGUGGUGGUAGAAGAAGAGGAGGUAUACUAUUUUUACGUCGUGCUCGUGUCGCUAUCCUCGAAAAUCGUUAGGACUAAACGCAGAUAGAGAUACGAUACCAUCAAAUAUCUAUAGCGAAAAUGAACAAUUGAAUAUUUAUCAGCUUCUACUGGCUCUCGACGCGGAUCUACUCGCUGUUAUAGAUAAAGUUUUGAUCGUGAUAAUGCCCUUUUUCAAUACCUACUCAUCAAUGUUUCAGAAAAGUUCGAUUGUCUACAACUAGUAGAAGUCGUGUGCUACUAGUACUACAACUUAUUUUUACAGCAAGAAUGUAAUGGCCAGUCUUAAAAAAGUAGAGUGCUCAAUCAUUUUUCUCAUCGUUCACAUUCACAACACUCAUCAGGUUGAAAUACUUCGUCUAGAAGUAGCUGUUCCAAGAAAUUGAAUUCAAGUUUCGAAUGUCCUAAAUCAUUACAGAAUACAGUCAUUUCAGUUUCUUUUGGUGAACUUCUUUCCUCGCGUUCGUUGUAGUAACUAGACAACUUAGAUAGUCAAAGUCAAUAUAAUGAGUAGUUGCAACAACAACACCGAUUCUAUUAGAAUCAAAUGUCGUAGAAGUUUUUCUUUUUUGAUCGACAAGCACAGGAAACGUCAGCUAUUUCACUACAAAAUCGUUCGAACGAAAUAAUGAACACGCUAAUGCAUCAAUCACAGUUUCUAUCUACUUACUUUUCUUGUCCCAUAA